GUUGUUUACACCACUCCGCAGAGCAAGUUCUCCAACAUGAUGAACCAAUCCAGAGCGCUGACGACGAUCGCACGCACUGUUCAACGUAUCAUCCCCUUCCACGAGCCACCCGUCCUCCCUGCGAAUCGAAUCUGGGACAAUCGGCACAGUGGAACCGCUGCCACCCUACUCUCAGAGGAGAAGCUCAAACAGAUCGGCACAUCGUGUGGUGAACAGGCUGCUGCGGACCCUAUUGAUCCUGACAAAUGUGUCGUGGCACUGACUACAGCCGAGCUGGAGAGACUCAAUGACUCUUCUACUGAUACGCUGCAGUAUGUUAAGCCAGCGUACCAGGUCCCUCCACCAAGUCUCGCGGCUUCUGAAGCUGGUGAUGAGGUUGAAGAUGAUCUCUACGGAGCAGAUGACGAGGCCGUUAGCACAGGCAAGAAGCUACUCGAAGCUGGUAAUCAAGCCAUCGAUGCUGAACUCGAAGCUGACGAGCAGUCUGUCCCAUUCCCCAAUUUUUUUGAUAACAUGAGUAUGUCUUACGAAGGCAUCCUCGACCGCAUCCGAACCGCCCGAGGCCUGGUUGCUACGCGCAAAAGCGCCUCCCUGAUGAAACCCUCCGACGAGGAAUUCGCAACCAAGUACCAGAGUAAAGACCUCCGCACCAUCAUUGUUCCCUACUCGGGCUUCUACAUCAUGGCUCCCGACGGUCUCCAGACUGUGCUCGACGUGGAUAACAAUAUCUCUGAGUACUACCAGCUCCCGCUCAUCGAUCCCAUGAUCGACGAAGAUGAGUUCGACGUUGGCUCCAUGGGCCCCAGAACCUCUCCGUUUUCGCCCUCUAAUUAUGACUCAUCUGAUGAUUCCCACUCCGACUCGGACUCUGAAGAGAACAUCCUUCAACCUCCCCGCUCCCAACCACCCUCCCAAGCCAUCAUCCAAUACCUAACCUACAAAGGCCAGCCGCUCUCCAGCAUCACAUCUCUCCUCGCGCCCCUCGACACCUGCUUCCUCUACCACCAGACCAGCCGCUGGUUCCGCACGAUCCGGAUCCCAGAACACCACGAGCUGAACGACGCCAUGAUCGCGGCAGUUCUCGAAGAGUGCAAAGCCGAGAAACAGUGGUGGGAAGAAGAGGUCGAUAAGCAAGGUAACACCAUACCGCAGGAGCUUAGGAUUUUGCAGGGAAGGAUGAGAGAGCGCAAGGUGGGCCACCUGGCGAGAAUGUCGGUGGAGAAUUAUUUCUGGUGGCGAUUGAGAGGGGAGAUGCCUCAUGGGAUGGUGCCUCAUGGUCCGUUGUUGAGGGAAGGUGGAUAUUGAGGGAGAUUCAUGAUCGUGUGGGAGGGAGUUGGUUUGUGAUGGUGGGCUGGGCUGGAUGGGGUUUAUGAAUGAAUGAACGCAUUGAGAAUCGGAGUUCUGGGAUGGGAUGGGAUGGGAUGGCAUGGCAUGGGAUGGCAUGGCAUGGGAUGGCAUGGGUGGCAUAAAUUGGUGCAUACAUGUAGAGAUACCCCCCUUUGUUAUUGUUGGACUACUAUUCUCUUUCCUUUGCUUUCCUUUCCUAUUUCCUUUUUACUUUGUCAUCACAAACAAACAAGCAAGCAAACAAACAAACAACCAAACAUAUGAGAAUUCCUGUACAGG